AUGGCAACAACCAUUUUAUUUUCUCCGGCUCUGUUUUGGUUUUCCUUUCUCUUCUUCUUGUCUUUUUUAUCUCUCCAAACUAUCUCCCAGCCUCGAGUUAAUCACUUGCUCACCUUCUGCAACAACCGAUCUAACAGUUUUGUAGAGGACAGCUCUUAUGAUUCAAACCUUCGUUCCGCCCUCAAAUAUCUCCGCGGUACUUCCCCUGCGCCACCCUACCUCAGCGUCACGAAGGGUCUUAGCCCCGACACAGUCUAUGGUAUGUACCAUUGCAGAGUAGACAUCACCAAAUCAACCUGCGGGGUCUGUGUCCGGACCGCAAUUACCGAAAUAUCUAAAAGAUGCACUUCUCAAAAAGAAGCUUUCAUAUUUUAUGAACAGUGUAUGGUCCGUUACUCGGAUUAUUCCUUCUUUGGACUUCAAGAACUAGACGGGCCUAAUGCCUUACUACCCUCUACCACUGAUUUUCCUACCACGAGUCGGUUCGGUGAAACACUUCCUGAUAAGAUGAACAAACUUAUCACCAGAGCCGCGUCCACGACUUUGUGGCCGAACCCAUAUUUCUCUCAGGAUCAACAACAUGUGACUGAGUUAGGUAGCACGUAUACAGUAGACUCGCUGGUCCAGUGUAGUCCUGAUCUUGAUCCAGGAAACUGCACCGUCUGCUUGAGACUUGCGGUCGAAAAACUAUUGGAAUGUUGCAGCCGGUCUCGUUCAGCUCUCAACUUCCUUCCUAAAUGUCUCGUCAGGUUUAACACAUCAUCGAACGCGGACGUCCCUUCUUUUGAAAAAAAACAUAACGGGGACGACCCAAGUUCUGGUGUUAUAAAAGGAGACAAAAUAUUUGAGGGUAUAUUUGUUGCUGUCAUAAAAGCUUCAGCAUUAGCACUUGUACGUCUCAUGUUGUAA